AUGGCACUUUCAGAUGAAACCAAUGACUCGAGUGUCCCGAAGACAUCGACACAACAUAAAAGAAAACUGGAUGAAAACGAGAGUUCAGGUGUGUUUGAAGACUACUCUUCAUAUAGAGGCGGAACCAGUAGUUCAACACAAGACAAGAAGGCAACGAAGAUGUCUCGGUCUCAACGAGAACUGCUAAAAGUGGAUAAGACAGGAAUGAAGAGUAUUUCGAGUUUCUUUGCGGCAAAACCUAAAUAAUAGAAAUGUUUUCAUAUUGUAAUGUAUUUCACGCUUUGAAUACUUGCGAAC